CUUACUGGAAAAAAAAGCCUCAAUAUUGCUGGGGGAAUAACUGAGUCAUGAGGCGUAGAGGCACUGAGGUGGCACUGAGUGCAAUACUACAGAAGGAGAUCUGGGUAUCGUGCGUGCAGAUUGAGUGUGAAGGUGGUUAAGUUCAGCUGCUUUACUUUCCCUCUCAGCUCUGUUUCCUUUUGGAAGGAUUGGCUUUCAGCUGUGACUUCUUUUCCACGCUGAUUGUUUUCCAGAAUGCUUGGAAAGCAGGAGAAGUAGAAAACCACCCUUUUGCCUUAGUGUUCUGUUUUCCCUGCCACGUUUAAAAGACUCACAGAAAUUGAAGAAAUGAAAAAGCAGCAUUCCAGCUAAAAUAGGCCAUGGGUGCUGCUGUUCAGACCUUUCUGGUUCUGCGGGCCAGCUGGGAGUCCAAGUAUAAGUCUGUUCCAGUUCCAGGUCUUUCAUGUUGACGUGUAGAUAGAAACAGAUCCCCUUUAGGCAGUCUAGAUGUGUUCUUAACUGAUGAAAAUAAAAUACCCAGUCACUGUGGAAUGUCUCAUUUGGGCUUUAUGUAAGAGUUGUUUGAAAUCUCUUGGCAUGGGGAAGACCUUUAAAUUUGGGUCCUGUAUUAGUAAGAUUCCAGUAAUGAACCUCAAAAAUGAGAGCCAUGAAUUUCCUAGUGCCAUCACCUUAUUCUCUACUACAUGUCCUUCUUUAGGUGGGAGGUGGACUGCAGUGCCUGUGCUGUGUAAAAACAGGCAUCAAAGGUAGCUGGUACGUAAAUAUUGCAUCCUUUGCUUUCACAGAGCACACCUCUACCAGAAAAAAAUUCCCUCCGUUGGAGCAAAUGGUAAAAGUGACACCAGUCUCUAUUUUUGAGUCAGCAGCAUACAUACCUCUCUCCGAUGGCAGUGCAGGGUGUGUGACGUUGCAAGUCCAGAUGAAAACUGUGCAAGUGCAUCUCACAGCUUGUGCUAGUUUGGAGGAUGAUACGGAGGUGACUUCCUAAGCAGAGAAAGGUGAAAGAAUGAGAAGCCGCUGCACAGCAACAGCAGACACAGUUUGUGCCCCCUGUCAAGACAAUUACUUUAGCACUGAGCACAAUCACAGCUUCUGCAGGAGUUGUACAGUCUGUGACACUAAGAAGGGAAGCGUGGAAGUGAAGAAGUGUGAGAAGACCUCUGACAGAAUUUGCAAGUGUAUUCCUGGUUACAUGCCAGAUGUCAGAUAUGCACUGGGAAGUGUGUGCUUAAUGUGUCCUGAUGGGUCUUAUUCCCCAGGAGGAAAUGAAAGCUGUCGGCCUUGGACUAACUGCAGCGCUAUUGGGAAAAAGACUCUUCGAGCAGGGACAAAAUCAGAUAAUGCUGUUUGCAGUGACAAUGGGACACAGCCAGCUACCUCUCAAAGUGCAACACCUACUUUGCAUCUUUCCACCAACUACUACAGGAAUAAUGCAUCGACUGCAGUGCCUUCACCCUCCAAACCCAGUGUGAACCCUUUUGUUGUUUGCCCAGAUGCGAAGAGCCCCACAGGCACUAACUGGGGGUCUCUAUCACUUAUCCUGAUUUGUCUGAUACUGCUUAUCGUAUCUGGAAUAUCCAUUUUCAUGUUGAUUAUCCAAGCAGCCAAAAGGGAGAACAAGAGGAGGCCUUGCAGGAACGACCAUCAAAAAAGGAGCUUUCGAAUUCCUAUCCAGGAAGAACAAGUUGACUCCAAUUCCAGUCUCAUAAAAAACUGAAUCCACAUCACUUUACUGCAUCCUGCAUUUCUGAGCCAGUCGAUUGUAACGAAUGUGACAGAACUUUCAGUUGCUGUAUGUGUGGGUGGAUGUUAACUGUUCAAUUGUGCUUCAGUUCCUUUGGGUCUCACUGAGUGGCCCUUAGGCAUCAUAGCUGUUCUUAGUGAGCCAUGAUUCCUUCUCCUUAGCUCCUACAUGCAGCGUUGCUGCUGCCAAGCCUGAGUUUCUGCAGUCCUUUGUGCAUUUCUAACCAAUCAUAUAUGUAAUGGGAGCCUGUUGUCUUUGGAAAGCAGGAAAUCUUUAUGAAGCAGUAAGCAGUAAUCACUAAGCAGAUGGACAAACAGAAAAUCAAAAGACCUGCUUUAAUAACUAGACUUCUAUCUUGUCCUGCAACUUUGAGAUGCUAAGCAGAGCACAUCUCAGUGCAGCCCUUUUGAGUGUUUCAGGCUAACUCCCAAUGGAGUUCUUUGCCUUUUAGGUGGAGAAUCUCCACAAAUGAACCUAACCAGCUUCUUUUGUGCUUCCAUUUUUUCAGCUUUUUUUGCUUCUCGCUCAAAAUGAGCUGUAUAUGGCAUCCAUGCCUCCAGAGGCAGUUGUCACAGCUGCCAAUUCUGGUGGUGGUUUUUAAGUGACUGUUGAUAAAUGGCUAUUUAGUGCCACUUCUUUCUUUUCUGCCUGUCUCCCAGGCAGACCUUGAGAGAAUGUCAUGUUAAGUAUUGAGCAGUAUCCCCAUAGCCCAUCAAAUAGAAUUAUUCAUGACUUCAAAACAGCUCAAGCUCUCCAAUUGUUCAGAACAUCUGUAGACAUUCUCAUGCGUAUCAAAAGUAAAAUCUGUGUGAUUGCUGCCAGAAGGCAAAAGGAAUGGUUUCUUCUUUUAGAAUGUUAUUAAUGGAAACUGAAGUUCGGAGCAGGGGGAAAGGCAGGAUACAACUUGUCCGUGCUUUAGACUUCGGAAGUUGCUGUGAAUAACUCAUGUUUUGUCUAUAAACUCUGUGCAGUCAGCGUACUUCUUGCUUCCUCUCUGUGGAUGUUCUGUUGUGCUGAACACCCUGGUGUGGCUGUCCCCAGCAAGGCUGCUUCAGUCGAGCUUCGACUUCUCUGCAGUAAAAUGCUUUAAACUGCUUUUGUGGGGUUUGAUUGAUUGCUUCAAAGUAAUGUGGAUGCAGGGAGAAACCCAGGAGCAAGCUUGGUUCCAGACAGUAGAUUUGGGUUUGGGGAAAACCUUUUUCUAUCUUAAAUUGAGUGCAUGUACAUGGACAUGUAGAACUUCUGCUGGUGAGUGAUAACCUAGUGAUAGUAACUCCCUGGAUGUUCACUUCUUAAUAAGAAGAGCUGAAUUUUUAACAGCACUGUGCAUAUGGAUCUACAAGGGUUGCAUUGUAGCAAAGGUGUAUGAAGAUCACGUAACAGGGGAUAGGUGCACAAACCAUGCACCUAUGCUCACCUUGAAUGUGCUGUCAAUGGAACCUCCAUUCAGAACUGAAGAAAUGUUCUUCACAUGGCUUGUGUGCAGUUGAAGCAGGCCUGGUUGUUUGCCUGCAUGCUGUAUGAAAUGAAUUUUGCUUCUGUUGUCUUGUUUUCUUCACACGUGAAUCAGAAUCUGUCUUGGAGAGAACACAUCAGACAGCACAUUGAAAAUGUAAUGCCUGAGGAAAAAACUGACGUGUUACUGUGGGUAGCUUUUGCUGUAAUUUGAAUACCUCAGUGUGUAAAAAGUUUAACUUGAGAUUUAUAUCAUUCAGAUGUAUUUUUCACAUCAAAUACUCCCUAGUAGGUAACUUGUUAGAUGUAAUAGGUAUUUUAUACACAUGGUAUUAAAGCAUAUGCCAAAGUAUGCAGAAGGAAAUGUAUUCAAGAAUACUGCUGGUUGUGAUUCAUGUUUUUAAACAUAUGUUUUGUUAUAUGUUAUACAUAUGGUAUACUUAUUGGCUUCCUAUUUUGAAGUGCGUAUACAAUGUAUGUAAACGUUUGUAUUAUAUAUGAAGUGUAGUAGCGACUUUCAAAUAAACUGUGGCAGUGGUGAGGUGCA